CAACGCCGCCGGUCGGGUCGCACGAGCCCCGGCCGAGAGCAGCCCGCCGCCGCCGCCGCCGCCCGCUCGGCCCCUCCGCGCCCGCCCGCCGUCCGCGCCCCGCACCGUCCCGGAGCCCCGGCCAUGCCGUCCUUCCAGUACCCCGACGUGUCCCGCGACGAGACGCAGGUACAAGAUUAUCAUGGGCAUAAAAUUUGUGACCCUUAUGCUUGGCUCGAAGACCCCGACAGCGAGGAGACAAAGGCUUUCGUGGAGGCCCAGAACAAGAUCACGGUGCCAUUUCUCGAGCAGUGCCCUAUCAGAGGUUUAUAUAAGGAGCGAAUGACUGAACUGUAUGACUACCCCAAGUAUAGCUGCCACUUCAAGAAAGGCAAACGGUAUUUCUAUUUUUACAAUACAGGUUUGCAGAAUCAACGUGUAUUGUAUGUACAGGAUUCCUUAGAGGGCGAAGCCCGAGUGUUCCUCGACCCCAACACGCUCUCUGAUGACGGCACCGUGGCGCUGCGAGGCUAUGCGUUCAGUGAAGAUGGCGAAUAUUUUGCCUAUGGACUGAGUGCCAGCGGCUCAGACUGGGUGACGAUCAAGUUCAUGAAAGUUGAUGGUGCCAAAGAGCUUCCAGAUGUGCUGGAAAGAGUCAAGUUCAGCUGCAUGGCCUGGACGCAUGAUGGGAAGGGAAUGUUCUACAACUCAUACCCUCAACAGGAUGGGAAAAGUGACGGCACAGAGACAUCCACCAAUCUCCACCAGAAGCUCUGCUACCACGUGCUGGGGACUGAUCAGUCAGAGGAUGUUCUGUGUGCUGAGUUUCCCGAUGAGCCUAAGUGGAUGGGCGGCGCCGAGUUAUCCGACGAUGGUCGCUACGUCUUACUAUCGAUAAGGGAGGGGUGUGACCCAGUAAACCGACUCUGGUACUGUGACCUACAGCAGGAAUCCAAUGGUAUUACUGGAAUCCUCAAGUGGGUGAAACUAAUCGACAACUUUGAAGGAGAAUAUGACUACGUGACCAACGAGGGCCCCGUGUUCACGUUCAAGACCAACCGCCAUUCUCCCAACUACCGCCUCAUCAACAUCGACUUCACGGACCCCGAGGAGGCCAAGUGGAAGGUGCUGGUCCCCGAGCACGAGAAAGACGUCUUAGAAUGGGUGGCUUGCGUCAGGUCGAGCUUCCUGGUGUUAUGCUACCUCCACGACGUGAAGAACAUCCUGCAGCUCCACGACCUGGCCACUGGCGCCCUCCUCAAGACCUUCCCACUCGAGGUCGGCAGCGUCGUGGGCUACAGUGGUCAAAAGAAGGACACCGAGAUCUUCUAUCAGUUUACUUCCUUUUUAUCUCCAGGUAUCAUCUAUCACUGUGAUCUUACCAAAGAGGAGCUGGAGCCAAGGGUCUUCCGAGAGGUGACCGUGAAGGGAAUUGAUGCUUCCGAUUACCAGACAGUCCAGGUCUUCUACCCUAGCAAGGAUGGUACAAAGAUUCCCAUGUUCGUUGUACACAAGAAGGGCAUCAAAUUGGAUGGCUCUCACCCUGCUUUCUUAUACGGCUACGGUGGCUUCAACAUAUCUAUCACGCCCAACUACAGCGUGUCCAGACUGAUCUUCGUGAGACACAUGGGUGGCAUCCUUGCAGUGGCCAACAUCAGAGGGGGUGGUGAAUACGGAGAGACCUGGCAUAAAGGUGGUAUCUUGGACAAAAAACAAAACUGCUUUGAUGACUUCCAGCAUGCUGCCGAGUAUCUCAUCAAGGAGGGUUACACGUCUCCCAAAAGGCUGACUAUCAAUGGAGGCUCAAAUGGAGGCCUCUUAGUGGCUGCAUGUGCAAAUCAGCGUCCUGACCUCUUUGGCUGUGUUAUUGCCCAAGUCGGAGUGAUGGACAUGCUGAAGUUCCACAGAUACACCAUCGGUCACGCCUGGACCACAGAUUAUGGGUGCUCAGACAACAAACAACAUUUUGAAUGGCUCAUCAAAUACUCCCCACUGCAUAACGUGAAGUUACCAGAGGCAGACGACAUCCAGUACCCGUCCAUGCUUCUCCUCACCGCGGACCAUGAUGACCGGGUGGUCCCCCUCCACUCCCUCAAGUUCAUUGCCACCCUUCAGUACAUUGUGGGCCACAGCCAGAAGCAAAGCAACCCCCUGCUUAUCCAUGUGGACACCAAGGCCGGCCACGGGGCCGGGAAGCCCACAGCCAAGGUGAUAGAAGAAGUCUCAGAUAUGUUUGCAUUCAUUGCACGGUGCCUGAACAUCGACUGGAUUCAGUAAAUAGAUCGCCCACUACCCCCCUGACAGCCACAGAAACCUCAAGGGCUUCCCCACCGUCAAAACAGAGAAACCACUGGGUAUAACGCUUCCCAAACGAACACCGAUCCUGCCCUCGCGGGCUGCAGUUGAACAGAACUGCUGCGCCGAUUUUAUCUUUUUUAGGCUUCUUUUUAGCAAGCCCUUGGUGUUCCUUUUCCAUCCUGUGCAGGCACAUAUUUAAAAAAAAAAAAAGGCAUGUUUGGAUAAAUAGCUGAAUGGCAGCCAACACAUUGUGAAUAUUAGAUUGCGGGUUUAAGAGUCAUAGGCAUACAGAGCAACUCAAUGAAAUUUGCUUCUAUAACCUCACCAAUAUAUCUUUAAACAAAUAUGAGAACUGUUCUCGUGAAAAAGACCUCUUUGCAACAUGAAAUAAAUGCUAUUUAAGAACGGGA